UUUAAAACUCUAAUACAAUUCUCCGCAGAAUGGUGGAGGACCAGAUCAUAGCCGUUGACGAUGACGACACCAACGUGAACAAAGAAAGCAGUGAUGACCAGUCUCUGAUCAAUAGCGGUCGCCGCAAUGCCGUUCACUUUGCCAGCGUCGGGGAUUUCCUCUCCAGCCUCAACAUCAGGGACACAGGCCUGACCGCGCUCAAGGGUCUUCACACCCUCAGUCUGGAGCACUAUAAGAGUUGUAUGCAGGGUCCCGAGGAGCGCGACAGGGAAAUUCAUUCCUCGGGUUGCAUGACUGAAAUUGAGAUUGGCCAGCCCCCAGCCGAUCGUGUAUAAGGUCGUGAGAUGGGCCAAUGUUGAGGGAUGUAACCCAAUCAAGAUGCAGAAUUAAAAGCCAUUUCGAAAAGAGUUAGAAAUCAGAGUGGGUUUCUCUAGACAGCGAUCCCCGCCCACGUCACAAACACUUCGAUCUUGGACCUUGUAAAUUAAAUGUACA